CUUCCGCAAGCUGUAUAGAGAAGACAUUUCUUUGAUAUUGUUGCAGUUUAAUCUGAUUACCACUUCGUAUCAUCAUUAUCGCUAGCAUUUCAUUAACAACUGUUUAUCUUUUAUGAAAAAGAACUAUUUUUGUGGCGUAAUGAUCUUGCACUCUGCGAUCCUGUGAGCUGCUAUAUGACGAAGGUGGUUCCCCUGACUGUACACACAUUUUCAGGUGCGCCACGUCCUCUGAACUGGGUGCAGAAAUUUUAAACCCUCAGCUUUGACCUAGUUUCUGUGCAACUUUAGCAAAUCAAUUCGAUCAACGGCACACCAGAGUAUAGUUGAAGAUCUGCCAUGUCGACUCCGGGUUGCCAGGACCGCCUUGUGCCUUCCAUCGAAGCCUGGGCGCUCGUUGAGUAUCCGGACAAGCCACGGAACAUCUACCUUCCCAGGCACAGCUACCAAACCGCGAUAAACCUGCCGGUCAGCCGCCACCCACCGCCCGGACAGCAGCAGCGGUUUUCUGUGCGUGAAGGCGAUGUCUACAUACAUGUGUAUGACCUGUUCGUGCGGGCAAGCGAUGAUCGCGGCCUUCUGUUCAUGCACUUUAGUGAGGACACAAGGUUCAAAAUCAUCGAAACGAUGGUCAAAAUGUUCGUGCCCGACAACUCUCUUCAAGAAGACUCCCUCCCUGAUGACGCGUUGGUGUACAUGCAUCCCUAUAAGGACACCGAAUCCGGAGAGAACGUCACAGUGGUCACGACGCCUUCGUUCAACAGCAUGGACGGGCUACAGAAGGUGUUGGUGGCACCGAUAGACAUGGAUGGAUGGGUGGACAUACCUCGGACCAGGGCGUGCUUUAAGGUACAGAACACAUGCGUCCAUCUCUGGAGAUAG